AUGGUGAGAUCGUUGGAGAAUGGAUCAUCGGUGGCUCCUUUUCUGGUAAAGUGCUAUGAGAUGGUGGAUGAUGAAUCUACUGACUCGUUGAUUUCUUGGAGUCCAACUCAUAGUAAUAGCUUUAUCAUAUGGGAUGUCUCUAGAUUCUCUUCUGAAUUGCUUCCCAAGUACUUCAAACACAGCAAUUUAUCCAGCUUUAUUCGGCAACUCAAUAUCUAUGGAUUCAGGAAAUCUGAUACAGAUCGUUGGGAGUUUUCAAAUGAUGAUUUUGUUAAAGGUCAAAAACAGCUUCUAAAGAACAUCAUUAGACGAAAACAGACUCCUGCCCAGGAGCAGAAGAGACCCUCCCAGCAGAAGGAUCAACAUGCACCUAAAGAAGAUAGUAUGGCUGCACUCAUCAAGGAAGUUGAAAGCUUGACUAUCGAUAGGAAUGUUCUCAUGCAAGAGCUGAUGACAUUGAGGCACCGCCAGAAGACUUCUCAAAGUAAGUUGAUUCGCCUCAGAGAACAGCUAAAAGGUGUGGAGAAGCAUCAGCAAGAAAUGCUUUCAUUUAUUGUACUGGCUAUGCAAAACCCUGGAAUUUUCUUACAGUUGCUUCAGCCAAAAGAGAACAACUGGCGUGCAGCCGAACCUGGUAAAAAAUCCUUUACACGAGUUGUGAAGAGUUAUGAGCCUGUUUCAUCGGAUGGAAUGAUAGUACCAUAUCAACUUCCUUCAAAUGAAACUUCAGAGCCUCCCAGUGACCCUCCUGUUUCUGAUUUAGAACAACCUAUGGAUUUUGAGUUCUCAGAUGAGAUGAAAGAUAGUGAUGAGCCUGUUCCGCAGGAUGGAAUGAUAGUACCCUAUCAGGUUCCUGCGAAUGAAGCUUCGGAGCCUUCCAGUAACUCCGCGGUUUCUGAUUUACAACAAAUUGUGGAUUUUGAGUUCUCAGAUGAGAUUAGAGAUCUCCUUAUGAACAUUGACUUCAGUUCAGGACUUAUGGAUGAGAAGUUGCUUUCUGUUGGGAAUCAUACACCUCUUGCUCUUCCUGAUUCUUUAUCUGAUGGUGACUUAAUGAUGGAUCACUUCCUUCUACCUAGCCCUCGACCAGAGCCUGAAGAAACCAAAGAGGGUGAUUAUGAGUCGACCUUCCACGCCCAAGAAUCUGAUCAGAAUAAGAGAGCUGAGAGCGAGGAUGUCAUGAAAGAAGUUGAUACCUCAGAUAACAUGGACAUUUUGGGCUUUCUUAAUUCUUGA